AUGUCCGAUGGUCGGGCGCGACCUAGGAGGGUGUUGAGACGAUCUGACGAGUCUUUCGGCGAGCGACAUGACAGACCAGCAGCUGCAGCAGAGCCUUCAUCAGAAGAUUCCAGAUGGUCCCACGACUUGUACGAAGGCAGUUCUUCGUCUGACCCAGGCUCAGUUGCCUUCGUUCGGAAUUUGCCGUCGUCGAUAACCACUCAGCAGCUCCAUUCGUUGUUUGUUCAAGCCGGAGAGAUUGCGUAUGUCAAGAUCGAUGCCGGCGCAUUAACAACAGCUCGGAUCGGAUUUGUGAGAAAAACGUCUUCCGUCGAGGCUGUGAAGCGCUUCCACGGAAUGCAGAUUCGCGGCCGAGCCAUAAAAGUCUCAGAGUUUACUUCUCUCGAUGCUCAAGAUGCUGAACGUCGAAACGCAAAAACUUCUCAAAAUGAUUACUUAGAUGGUGACAUUGACAUGAAAAGUUCCAUAACAACCAGGCGGAUCACAAAUUCAAGACAAUCCGCUUUAGUGAGCGAUGCGCCACGGAAGUCGAUCAUCACGAUGCGGCGUCAAUCGGCCACACUUGCACUGUCGAAUUUACGAGCCUCGGAAGGUGCAGGAGUCAUUCACAUCGGAGUUCAAAUGUGUUGUCAAGAUCCAUGA